UCAAACUUCAAUCGUCAGUCGUCUGAUAGAGAGAGAGAAACUGUGGAAAAAGUUUCUGAAAAUCAAUGGAAAGUCCAGAUUUCGUAACAUUUUCCAUCAACUUCGAAUGCUUCUCUUCCUUGUAAUCCUUCUCCGGCACCCGGAUCAAGUAGUGAAUGGCUUCUUCUUCUUCUUCUUCUUCUCCUAGAUGGUCGUAUGACGUCUUUCUGAGCUUCAGAGGCGAGGACACUCGCAAGACCAUCACCAACCAUCUUUACGAAGCUCUCAGGCGACAAGGCAUUGUGGUUUUCAGAGAUGACGAUGAGCUCGAGAGGGGGAAGGCCAUUGCCGACGUGCUGAUCAAAGCGAUUGAGGAGUCGCGCUCCACCAUUGUUAUUCUAUCUCAACGCUAUGCAGAUUCCAAGUGGUGCUUGAGGGAACUGGCUAAGAUCGUCCAUUGCAAGAACACAUUAGGUCAAACGGUUCUCGUGGUUUUCCACAAAAUUAAUUCCUUCGAUGUCAUCAGUCCUACUGGAAUUUAUGAAAAUUUCUUUAUAGACCACGAAAAUAACAUCAAGGAGAAUUUCGAAGAGGUUCAGAGCUGGAGGUGUGCCAUGAGAGAGGUUGGAGGUCUCUUUGGAUGGCAUGUAAAUGACGAGACCGAAACAGAGAAAGUCCAAGAAAUUGUUAAGCAUGUUUUCAAUCAUCUGCGUCCUGAUUUACUUAGCAAUGAUGAAAAUUUGGUUGGCAUGAACUUGAGGUUAAGAAGAAUAAAUGUGCUUUUGAGCAUGGGGCUGGAUGAUGUGCGCUUUAUUGGGAUAUGGGGGAUGGGUGGAAUAGGCAAAACAACUAUUGCCAGAGCUCUUUACAAAAUUGUUGCCCGUGAAUUUCAUGGAAGUUGCAUUCUGCGGAAUGUUAGGCAAGCUUUAAAGAAUGUUGGAGGCUUGGUAUCCUUGCAGGAGAAACUUCUUUCCAUGACUCUAUUGAAAGGAAAAGUUCGCAUUAAAGACGGUGAUGGAGCUGCAAUGAUAAAGGAAAACCUACGAAACCGAAAAGUUUUUGUUGUUCUUGACGAUGUUGAUUGUGUGAGCCAGGUGAAAGAACUGAUAGGUGGAGAAGAAUAUCUUGGUUUUGGAAGUAGAGUCAUUAUUACAACUAGAGAUGAAGGUUUGCUUGUUUCUCUCGGAGUUGAUAGGCGAUACAAUGUUGAGGGUUUUAAUGAUGAAGAGGCUCUUCAGCUCUUCUGUCAUGAAGCAUUUGGGAUCAAGUCUUGUAAGAAAGGUUAUUUGGAUCUUUGUAUGCAAUUUAUAAAAUAUGCUGAGGGCCUCCCAUCAGCAAUUAAGGUUCUUGGGUCUUCCUUGCACGGUCGAUUGGUUCCGUCGUGGGAAGAUGCCGUAGAAAAUUUAAAUGUUUCUUUAAACAGGGAAGUCUAUGAAAACUUGAAAAUGAGUUAUGAUGCACUUGAAAUGCAAGAGAGGAGAAUGUUUUUGGAUAUUGCUUGUUUUCUUACAGGAAGGAGCAAAGACCAAGUCAUUGACAUGUUCAAGAGUUUCGGAAUUGAUGCUGCUGAUGGACUAAAAAUUUUGCAGGAGAAAUCCCUCAUAACCGUGCACGGUAACAAAAUACAGGUGCAUAAUUUACUAAAAAAAUUAGGUCAAGAAAUUUUUCUUGAGGAGUCGUCAGGAAAAUGCUGUAGGCUGUGGCGUCAAAAGGAUGUCAACCAUGCUUUGAGACAUAGUCAGGGAGUAGAAGACAUUGAAUCCAUAGUCUUGGACUUGGACGAGCAUGGAGAGUCACACUUAAAUGCCAAGUUCUUUUCGACAAUGACCGGCCUGAAAGUGUUGCUUGUUCAUAAUGUGUUCCUUUGUGGAGAUCUUGAGUAUCUCUCAGAUAAGUUGAGACUUCUUAGUUGGCAUGGAUAUCCUUUAAGACAUUUACCGUCACGUUUCCAGCCGAGUGAACUAUUGGAACUCAGUUUACCGAAUAGCUGCCUUGAAAAUCUUUGGAAAGGAGCAAAGAGGUUAGAUAAAUUGAAGAUAAUAAACCUUAGUAAUUCUGAGUUCUUGAUCAAGACCCCUAAUUUGUCAAUGGUGCCAAAUCUUGAGAGGUUGGUCUUGAAUGGUUGUAUAAGACUGCAGGAGCUUCAUCAAUCUGUUGGUGCUCUGAAACAUCUCAUCUUAUUGGAUCUUAAGGAUUGCAAAUCUCUCAAAAGAAUCCCUUUUAAUAUUUGUUUCGAAUCACUCAAGAUUCUCGUUCUUUCUGGUUGUUCAAGACUUGAAAAUUUUCCAGAGAUUGUGGAAAACAUGAAACUUAUGACAGAGCUUCAUUUAGAUGGCACUGAUAUUCGAGAAUUGCAUCAGUCAAUUGGAAAACUCACUGGCCUCGAAUUGUUGGAUCUUAGAAACUGCAAAAAUCUUCUUACACUCCCAGACUCGAUUGGUUGCAUGACAUCCCUUAAACAUCUUGCAUUGGGUGGCUGCUCAAAGCUUGAUCAAAUUCCAGACAGCUUGGGAAACAUUUCUUGUUUAAAGAAGCUUGAUGUGAGUGGUACUUCUAUUAGUCAUGUCCCAUUGUCUCUACGACUUCUGCCGAACUUCGAAGUAUUCAACUGUGAAGGCCUGUCCCGAAAGUUCUGCUAUUCGUUGUUCCCAUUUUGGGAUACGCCAAGGAAUUAUAAUUCACAUUCAUUUGGUUUGAAGUUGAUGACUUGCCUAUCGAAUUUUCAUUCUGUAAAAGUUCUGAUUUUUAGUGAUUGCAAGCUGAUAGAUGGAGACCUACCCAACAACCUCAGCUCUCUGUCUUCAUUGCAGUUUCUGGAUCUAAGCAGGAACUUUUUCACCAACCUGCCUAAUAGUUUGCGUCAGCUUAUCAAUCUCAAAUGCCUUGUCUUGGACAACUGCAGUAGGCUCCAGUCAUUACCGAAGCUCCCGCUCGGUUUACGUUAUGUACUUGCUAGGAAUUGUGUGUCACUGAAAGAACACUAUAACCAAGAAGAUCACAGGCCUAUAAGUGAAACAGAAGUAAUGAUUCUUAGUUACCCCACAUCAGCUGAACACCAGAACUCCAAAAUGGCUAACUUAAUGCAGUCAAGAAUAUACACAGCUUGGGAGAAUGGGCAUUCAUUUGGGUCUGGAGCUUUGAAAUUUCAGAACUUCCCCAUCAAACCAUUCAAUGUUCACACGGCUCUCCCAUCCCCAUCACCAUGUUUUUUUCUUUCUUUUCUGGAGCUGAUUAGAGCUUUCUUCCAAAGGCACAUGGCUCUUCCAAAUCCUUUAGCUUUUCUUUUCAUCUUCUUGCAUAUAGCAGCUUUCUCUGCAAAAUCUUCUUUAUUAUACAAUGGAUUUAGCCAAGGAAAAGGCUUGUUUCUCGAUGGAACCGCAGUUGUGAUGCCAUCUGGUGCAUUGAGGCUCACCAACACUUCACAAAAUGUCAUAGGCCAUGCAUUCUAUCCUGAUUCCAUUCAGCUGAUUAAUAACACUUCUCUUUCAUCUUUCUCCACAACUUUUGUGUUUGCCAUUAAACCAUCCAGCCCCGGCCAUGGCGGCCACGGCUUUGCAUUCACCUUGGCUCCAUCAAACAAGUUUGAAGGUGCUGAAAGUGGGCACUUCCUUGGAUUAUUUAAUCGUUCCAACGAUGGAAGCGUAUCCAACCAUAUAUUUGCUGUUGAAUUUGACACUGUUAAAGGACAUGAUGAGCUCAAGAACUCCAGAGGAAACGAUGUUGGGAUUAACAUCAAUGGUGUUGUAUCUGUUUCCUCCAAACAUGCUUCUUAUUCCUACUUUAAUGAUACCACUUCGGAAAUCUCGAUUGAUUCCGGUGACCCAAUUGCUGUUUGGAUUGAAUAUGAUGGUUUCAGAAAAAGUGCGAGUGUUUCUAUAGGCCUUUUGACAGAUCAAAAACCAGAGAAGCCAAUCCUUUCCUGUCCCAUUGAUUUAACUCUUGUUCUACAGGAAAAAAUGUACGUCGGCUUCUCUGCGUCGACUGGAAUCGAAACAAGCUCUCAUUACAUUCUGGGAUGGAGUUUCGCCGUGAAUGCACUGGCACGGCCGCUGAGGUACUCUCUCCUUCCCAUAGAACCAGAACGGCAGAGCCAUCCUCGUGCAUCCAAUCCCCAGUUUAUGGUUAUUGUAUUAGUUUCAUCGAUUCUGGUCAUUCUGGGAAUUGUUGUCUUGGUCUUCUUGUUUAGAAAAAUGAGGAAAGCUGAGAGCUUAGAGGACUGGGAAAAAGAUUGCCCUCACAGAUUCAGUUACAAAGACCUCUACACAGCAACAAAUGGAUUUAAAGACAGCCAGCAAAUCGGAAUUGGAGGAUUCGGGUCAGUAUAUAAAGGCUCGUUAUGUUCAACUGGAGCUGAGAUUGCUGUAAAGCGAGUAAAAAGAAACUCGAGCCAAGGAUUGAAGGAAUUUGCAGCGGAAAUCGAAAGCUUGGGAAGAUUAAGACACAAGAACUUGGUUAAUCUUCAAGGAUGGUGCAAGAAAAACAACGAUCUUCUCAUAGUUUACGAUUAUAUCUCAAAUGGGAGCCUUCAUUCUCUUUUGUAUCAUCCAAUUCAAAACUUCGUUUUGAAUUGGGAGCAAAGAUUGAACAUCCUCAAAGGAAUUGCUGCAGGAUUACUAUAUCUUCAUGAAGAUUGGGAGCAAGUGGUAAUCCACCGAGAUGUAAAGCCGAGCAAUGUUCUAAUAGACGGCGACAUGAAUGCCCGGUUAAGCGAUUUCGGUUUGUCGAGGCAAUACGACCACGACCAAGUAUCGCACACGACGAAAGUUGUCGGGACAAUAGGCUACAUACCGCCAGAGUUGUUUCGAACGGGGAAGGCGUCGAAGAGCGCAGAUGUUUAUGCGUAUGGAGUAGUGCUGCUGGAAGUGGCAUGUGGAAGAAAGCCUCUGGGAUCAGGGCAGAUUGUAUUGGUGGAUUGGGUGAUGAAGUUGUAUGAAACGGGUAAUGUUGUUCAUGUGGCUGAUCCGAAGUUGGGUUCGGAUUAUAAGGUGGAGGAGAUGGAGAUGGUGCUCAAACUUGGGCUUCUCUGUACUCAGUGGAAGCCAGAAGCUCGCCCCUGCAUGAGGCAAGUCACGAGGUUCCUUAAUGGAGAAGACCCACUGCCAGCACUCGAGCCAUGGGCUGGCUAUCAAGCUCUGUUUGAGUCUAGUUCAAGAUCCAUGGCUAAGGGGAUUUCAACAAUGUGGAAUAGUUCUUCGUCCAUGUCAGUCGGCCCCAUCUCUUCUGCCUCCAUAAAUAUUGGAAGAUAACCAUUUCUGUCUUUAUUUUAGAACUCACAGAUGUUAUAACAAUUUUGAUUAUUUUAUUUGUAAUUAAGUAUUAUCGAAUGGGUAA